AUGUUAAGAGCCACUAGAUUGUUGACUCCGCAAUUGCGUGUCUUUGUCAGAUAUGAGAGUAGUAGCACUUACAACGCGGCAGUAGCAUCAUUGAAGAAAGAUCUUAAGCAGGCUAUGAUUGCUAAAGAUGAUCUAAAGAAAACCACAAUCAGAGGUCUACUGUCUACCAUCAAGAAUAAGGAAAUUGAUAGUAAGGAUAAAGAUCUGGAUGAGUUUGUGCUCUCCGAAGUCUAUUCCAAGCUGAUCAACCAACGGAAGGACUCGAUAAAUGACUUCCUUCAAAACGGUAGAGAGGAUCUAGUCGCCAAGGAAAAACAGGAACUGGAGAUUAUCCAAAAUUAUCUGCAAGGUUUGCCAGUAGCUUCCAAAGAGGAGAUAGAUUCGAAGGUCGGAAAACUCUUGAACGAACUUAGAGAGAAAGAUCCUAAUUUGCAAUUGAAGCAAGUCUUCAGUAAAAUUGAUUGGAAAACCAUUCCAUUAGAAUGGAAAGCCUCAUCUAAUAUGAUCAAGAGUAGCAUUGUAAAUUUCAUGAAGAGCUCUUAA